UCGCGCCAAACCCGCAGCGAAGAAAACGCAGGAUUCUAUAUCCGGUCAUUUUAGCACCGUGCUUUUCCGCUGCGAAGAUGCCGAAGUUCUAUUGUGACUAUUGUGACACAUACCUGACACACGACUCUCCAUCGGUCAGAAAGACGCACUGCAGCGGGCGUAAACAUAAAGAAAAUGUGAAAGAUUAUUAUCAGAAAUGGAUGGAGGAGCAGGCACAGAGUCUCAUUGACAAAACAACGGCUGCCUUCCAGCAGGGUAAAAUUCCCCCCACCCCGUUCCCUGGAGCCCCUCCACCUGGUGCAUCUCUGCUACCUCAUCCAAAUAUUACUGGACCUCCGAGACCUGGCAUGUUACCAGCUCCACCAAUGGGUGGCCCUCCGAUGAUGCCCAUGAUGGGUCCACCACCUCACGGCAUGAUCCCAGGAGGACCCGGCCCAGGUAUGCGUCCGCCAAUGGGUGGACCUAUGCAAAUGAUGCCCGGGCCACAUAUGAUGCGACCUCCCGCUCGGCCAAUGAUGCUGACUGUUAGACCUGGUAUGGUGCGACCUGAUCGAUAAAACCACAGUGCCAAGAUUUCACAUCUACUCCUUUGAAAUUCACCGGUCAAAGACUCGGCCAAAUAACUACACUGGUUUUACAGUAGAUUUAAAAGUUUUAUUGCCCACUUUUUUUUUUCAUUUUUUUUUUUUAUAAUGACGUGUGUGUCUGAAAAUACACUUAUGUCAGACCUUUGCUUCAAGAUCAUUUUAUUUCCCCCCUCCCAAACUACAUGAAAAAUGGUUAAACUUAACCAUAAAUCUUCCAUUGGCCUAGACAACAUAUUUAUGACUGUGAGGGUGUUAUGUAAUGAAUUUGUGUAUAAUGUGCAUUUAUUACAAGCAGGUGGUUUUUUAAUUUUAAUUUGCAUUGGGAUUGUUUGUCAGCAUUUUCUCUUUUUUUGAGAAAAUAAAAUGAUUCAUUUUG